CUUUUGGGGAAUUUCUAAAUAUUAGCGUCAAUAAAUGAACGAAUGAUUUAAUUUUUUUUUAAAUUUAUAAUUUAAAGGAAUCUCGAGUGAAUUUUACACAUUUUUUUUAUACAAAAUUUCAAUUGCUUAUUUGCAUUUCUUUUUUAAAAUUAUAUAUUUUAAUCAACUUUUUAAGUAUAUUCGAAAUAAUGGAUAAAGAUGACGAAAAAUUCUUCUACGAAGACGAGGUUGCUAUGGUUUCACCAAAAACUGGGCUCGUCAAAUAUGGGUUAGUGCUGAACACAAAUGGGUCACGAACCGAAAGCGAAUUAAAGAAGAGUUCCAAGAGUUCCAAUCAUAUCAAAGUUAUGUGGCAUCCGAAUGGCAACGAGGAAAUUAUGUCCGACGAUAAAGUUGUGUUAAUUGAUCGGUCAUUGAUGCCUGGUGAUGUAGUACGUAAAGUAAAUGAAGGCCAACUGACCCAAUUUGGAUACUGUGAGAACAUCGAUAUCUAUGCCACUGUCAAAGUACUUAAUACUAAUAAAGUAAUUGAAAAUGUCAGUUGUCGAAACUUUACUCAAACAAAACCGUUUUCCAUCGAUUCAUCCGUUUUUUAUGAAUCGUGGGUUGGUGGAGUCUAUGAUGUCAAAUGUCAAGUCACGUUUGCUUCUCAAGAUGGAUCUAUUUUUACAUUAGAGGAUCCUUACAGACAAGAUUUUAUAAGUUUGUCUACAAGUGAUAGUUUUUCCAUUGAUGAUAAUGUAUUUUACCAUGGUCAAAAGUUAAAAAUGUGUUUAGACUCUCUAGAAAAUGCAAAAUUUAAAAAAAUUAGUAAUUUAAUGAGCUGCUUAUGGCACAAUUAUAAAAAAAAAUUCAAAUAUGGUACAAAGUGGGUCAAAGUCUAUGUGCAGGAUAUUACUGUUUUAUCUGUGGAAGUUGAAUGGUACUGUCAAACAUAUGGUAAAACCAAACCCCGUGAAGAGAAUUGGCCCGAAAGGUUAAUAACAGGAGAUAAUUUAAACAAAUUAAAGACUAUAGAUUUAUUCGAUUCUUGUUCAAUUCAAGUAGGAGAUACACAUUGGUACCAAAUUAAAGACACUGAUAACAUUAUGACAAUGAAACAGUGGCGUGCUAAGUGUACCGAAGGAUUUAAUUUAAAAUCGGAAUUAUUACCUAGCAAAGUUAUAAAGGACAGACGUCCUAGUAAACUACAUCCCAAAAAAUUAAAACACUCCAUUUCAACUGAUAUAGAUAAUUUAGAUGACAUAUAUGCUCAGAAUAUGGUGAACCGAACCGGAUCUUUAACUCAAAGAUCAGAAAGGUUAUUGAGCCGAGAAAACAAACAACAUUCAGUUCAACCCAAGAAAUGCGAAUCUAAACCCAUGAGUGUUCUAGGAAAUAGUUCAAUACACACACUGAAAUCUAAUAGGCUUAAAAGAAAUCGAAUGUGGAAGUCAUUAGUAAAAAAAAGUAAGCAAUUCAACGUUCCAAAAGUUUCAACAAAACCAAAUUCAAAAGUUGUAGUUGAAGUUUGUUAUACAAAAUCUGUGGUUGAUGUUGUUUGGCAAGAUGGGACUAAAGAAACUGGAGUGUCCUCUACCGAUCUUUAUCCCGUACCGACUCUCGAUGAUCUUGAAUUUUUCCCUGGUGACUUUGUUACUGAAAAAUAUCCUUUACCCGAUGUAUAUGGUGUCAUAGAAUCCGUCGAUCAUGCUGAACGCACCGCUCGUGUACAGUGGUUUAAAGUUAUCCCGGAUAAUCCUUCACUGCCAAAUCGAAUUGAAAAGACUGAUAUUAGUGUUUAUGAUUUGCGUGAUCAUCCGGACUUCCAUUUCAAAUCUGGUUGCCUUAUUAUACACAUUAGCCCAGAUAGUUAUCCAAAUAAAAACACUCUUACAGCUGGGCAAGUGUUGAGUGCUGGACCAGAUGGAAAAAUACUAGUUAUGUGGGUAAAUGGUGAGAAGACUGAAUGUUGGCCACAAGAAUUAUUUGUAGUUAAACUUCACGAUGACGAUGAUGCAUUUAGUAUGCUUGAUGAUGAUGAUGAUUUCACUGAUGAUGAUGAUGCACCAUUAGCUGAUGAUGAUGAUUUAUCGGAAGACUGGAUGUCUUUGGCAAGUCCUAAAUCAUCCGAAAGUCACGAUCAAGAAAACAAUGAAAAAUUCCCAAAACAAUUAUUUCAAUCACUGAGAAAAGCGACUGCGGGUAUGAAAUCAUUUUUAGAUGCAGUUGUAAAUAAUCGAGAUGUAGACAAAACAACAAAAUUACAAAAUGCACUGGAACAAAUAAAAUUAGGGUUCAAUGUCAGCUCAUACUUGCCAACAAACGAAACAGAAGAAAUAGAAAAAUCCUACAAAGAUCUCAUGGAUAAUGUUACAGUAAUGAUUGAUAAAAUCAUUUCAAAAAUAGAGAAUAAUAGUGACGAUACCACAGAAGAAGUUUCUCAUCAAACAGUAAUGGGGGACAGUGUAGAUAAAUUAAAAAAAAUUGUAUCCGAUUUUAUGGAUAAAAUUAAUUGUGCGUUCAAACAAUCAUGUCCUAUGAAUGGUAAUGGAUUUCCCUUGUAUAAUUAUUUAAAAAAUCAAGGUUUGGACAACUUAGAUUCGGAAGAUGAAUCCACAGAUAUCAGAGAAUGUUGUACUGCCCCAAUUAUUGAAUUACAGCCAGUAAGUUGUAGUCAACAACCUGAAAAUAUGGACACUGAUAUAGAACAAGAAAGUGAAAUUGGCGUGAUAGUUAAACCAGAAGAAGCAGGAGUAUUUGACGUGCUAGAUACAGCUCUUGAAGGAACACACAAAUAUUUAGAUAUUAAAACUGAUUUGAAUCCUACAAUGUUAAAAAUUAUUUCUAAAGACAUACAAAUACUGAAAAAAAGUUUACCUGCUGGAAUCUGGGUUAAGACUUUUGAAAACCGAAUGGAUUUAUUUUCAAUUAUGAUCCGGGGUCCUGAAAAAACUCCUUACGAUGGCGGUUUAUUUAUGUUCGAUGUCAGAUUACCUGUUACGUAUCCUCAUCAGCCACCUCUUUGCCACUAUUACAGUUAUUGUUUUGAUCGAUUAAACCCAAACCUGUAUGAGGAUGGUAAAGUGUGUCUAAGUCUAUUAGGCACUUGGGCUGGUCAUGGCGUUGAACUGUGGUCACCUAAGGAUUCUAAUCUACUCCAGCUAAUAGUAUCGAUACAAGGUUUAAUAUUAGUCAAUGAACCAUACUACAAUGAAGCUGGCUUUGAUACACAACGAGGCCAAAAAUUGGCUCGAGAAAAUUCUCGUGUUUAUAACGAAAUGGCCUUGAUUAAAGUAGUCCAAUCGAUGACUAAUAUGUUGAAACUCAAAUUGUCAGAAACAAAAACAAAUACAGAUUAUUUUGACGAAGAAAUUAUGGAACAUGUACAAAUUCAUGGCUUUAAGUUAAUUAAUAAAAUUGAAACAUGGAUAAAAAUGUCUGAAAGAGAGUUAACUGAAGAUGAAAAACUUGUUCCUGGGUAUCCUUUGCUGCCGCUUUCCAGAGGUUUUUGUCUUUCGAUGAUUAAUGCAUUGAACGCUUAUAAAGAUGUAUUGAUAUCCAUGAAUAUUAUAUUUAAGUGAUAAUAUCUGAAGUUACUAUUAUAAUUUUUUAUGUAUAGUGAGGACAGUACAUGUUUGUUAUUAAAUCUCCUUGUCUUAUGUUUGUCUUUAAUUAUUCUUAUCCUUUUAUAUGCAACUUUUUAGUUAUCAAUCGAUUAUUAGCAUAUAAUAAAUCAAAUGAUUACAUCUUUAUGUUUUAGACAAGUAAGUAAUUAAAUGUGAUUUUAAAAAGGC